AGUAAGCAGUCAUAGUAUCUGAACAGUCGUUACGAUAGUGUCAUCGUUCACAUCCACAAUGCAAGUCGAAAUACGUCCUGAAGAUUACAAACUCAAAAAUAAAUACAUCUGCCCAGUUAAGAUCUCAAAUAAAGUUGAUCAGUGUAUCAAAAACAUUGCAGACAGGAAUGGAUUUGUCAAAUACCAUAUUGAGAAGAAAGAAUUCUCUACAAACGGCGGGAACUAUCUUGGAUUACUUUACGAAGUCAAUGUAAAUGGACACACAAACGAAGGCAAGAAGGAACUAAAUAUAUUUGUCAAAAGCAUUCUCACAGGUGACAAGGAUUUGGAAAUACUAUCUGUACAGGAUAUCUACCACACUGAAAUGUUCGCUUACAAAGUACUUCUGAAGGUAUUCGAUGAACUACAAGAAGAAGCAAAUGUACCAGCGAAAGAAAGAUACAAAAUGGUCAAAAGUUACGAAGAGAGUGAUGCAGAAGUGAUUAUAAUGGAGAAUGUUGCUAAGAAGGGAUUUAGAACUGGACAUAGGAUGGACGUGCCAUCUUUACAGUUUGCAGAAAAGGCUAUUGCAGAACUUGCUAAAUUUCAUUCGUUUGCUUUCGUGCUAAAGGUAAAACGACCAGACUUCUUUGAAGAACAAAUUAAAACUAGGAAAGCUCCAUAUAAUGCUGGUGAACAAUGGCAAGGUCUCGCACAGAGUAUGAUUAAGAUAGUAAUGGAGAAUAUAGAUGAUGGAGUCAAAGAGAGAGUGGAGAAGAUUUACGAAAACAUUGGGGAGCGAUUCACGAGUUAUUAUGAAGCUGAAUCUUUAGGACGAUGCCUGUGCCAUGGUGAUUACAGGCCUAACAAUAUUUUGACCAAAACAAUCGAUGGAGAGAUCACAGAAUUAAUUCCAGUGGACUAUCAGCUGAUGUACUAUGGAUGUCCAAUAAUAGACUUCUUAUAUUUCAUCAUGGUCUGUACCGACAAACCGUUCCGUAAAGCUCAUCUGAUGCAUUUGAAAAACGUAUACCACACUACGAUGACAAGAUUUUUGAAAUAUUUCGACUUAGACAUCAACGAUUUUUAUUCAAGGGAAGAUUUUGAGAAAGAUUAUGAAAGGACAUUAGGUUAUGGGCUUGUAUACUCUCUUAUAUUUCUCCCUUUUAUGUUUGCUUCGGAAGAUGAUGUUCCUGAUCUUACAAAGGACGAUAUAGCCAAUUUAAGUAUCACUGUUGAUGAAAGGUACAAGAGUAGAAUUCAAGGAAUUGUUGACGAUUACAUCGAGUGGGGUAUUAUUUAAAUUGUUUCAUACAAUGUUAUUGCUUUCUAUUUCUUGUUAAUUUUUGUUUUAUUUUAAUAUCUUUAUUUAUAUUUGUUGACUUGUUUUUUUUUUGUUUUAAAAUGGGCCUUGGGCAUUAUUAUUAUUGUUUGUAAAAGGAGAUCAUUUAUUGGGCCUUUUCUAAAACCAGCCAAUUGGACCAAUAUGCCACUAAAGUUAAGAAAAAAAAAACUUUUAGAGAAGGUUCAAAAAUGUAUGCAGCUGCAUCUUAUGUAUGUUAGAAAAAACCUACAUUUGUUUGCGAAAGUAUCUGACAGACACAACUAUCAAACUAGGCAUAAGGAUAGAUUAAGUCAACCAUUUUUUAGAUUGUCAAAAAUAAGUAAGUCAUUUAUGGGAUUCUGUGUUAAAUGUUAUAAUAAACUUCCAAUGGAAAUACAGAAUCUGAAUGAAUCAAAAUUUAAACUUUGUAUUAAAAAAACGUUAUGUAGACAAGCAUACUACAAAGUAAAUGAUUACAUAGAAGAUAAAAAUGCUUGGAGGCAAGCUGGUCCGGCUCCACAGGAUAACGAAAAAUUUCUGUAAUAUAACCAUGUUAUUUCGAUGUGUUCUCUACUUUAUACAAUCAUUGUAAAUGUGAGAGCCCUGUAAUCAACUAAAAUCAAAUUAGACUAGUAGAAUGCAUUUAUGUCAGCUUGGAGUUGUCAUGCUCACUCAAAGGUCUCAUUGGCGGUGGCACGGGCAUUGGAUCGCUCGAUUCCCUGCAACAUGGUUGAGUUGGGCGGUGCUGGUGUACGUGUCAUGUUCGUGAACGGGCGCUGUCAACUGGGACUGGUCAGCUCCGGACUGCAUUAAUUUUUAUUGUCCUCUAGGUUAUUUUCUUUUUCUAUCGCUUCGACUGUAUAUUAGUUUUACAUUGUUCUCACAUAGUUGAAGUAAUCGAAACAAUGUAACCAAGAAUUGUAUUGUAAAUCUGAUUGAAAAAGAGUAACCUAUGGAGUUUCUUGCUCGUUCUUCUCCAUAGGAAUCUACACUUUGGAACGAGCAAAUAGCUUCACUAGAGGACUGACCGACAGACAGACGUUAUUAAUAUUAUUAUAUUUGCUUUGACGUUCAAAAGUGCUUUUCUGGUCUAUUUGAAAUAAAUAAUUUUGACUUUGACUUUGACUUUGAAGCUGUAAUGUUCUCCUUUAUUUUGGGUUGUUUUUAAUAAUAUUUUUCUAGAUCAUGUUUAUAUUUUACUGUUUGUUAUACAAUAAUUAAAUGCACUUUUGUUUUCAA